AUGUCCUUCCUCGCCGGGCUAUGUGGGUGCUUCACCCGCAACGAAGCAUCCCCGCGUUCCAACCCGGAUAUGCAAACCACCGACUCACAAGCUUUGACACGCCACGGUGUUCAAACAGGAAGCUUCAUACUUUCUAACGAGGGCAACUUUGUUCGAUCUGCCGGUCCUGGCGGACGAGGUGGGCACGGAAACGGGCCCAGUGACUCAGAGAAUGGGGGUUAUGCCAGCGUGGUCCCACUUCCACAAUAUACACCACGGCCGAUGAGCAUUAAUGAGAAGACUCUAGAAACCAACAUGCGUGAUCCGCCGAUGUCCUCCGGCAUGCUCGGGUACGGCCAUGACGAGAAGAGCCGCAACCUUUACGACGAAGAGGUCGCCUCCGACGCCUCAUCGGCCAUCUCAUAUCCUAGCAGCUAUGGCAAUACUUCCACUGCAACGCGUGAGACCCCUCCACCGCCCUAUCCCCCCGACAGUCGGCUGUGUUGA